GGUUGUGUAGUAAAUCUGAUGCUUACCAGCCGGAGUAGACAUCAAAGAGAAAGAGAGAGGGGGAAGGUAGAGAGAGGAGCAUAUUAUAUAACACUACUCCUCUGUGGUAGAUUCAGCUCAUCUGCUUGAAAUAAUUUCCCCCCCCUUCUUGCUCUCGCUCUCCUCCGGAUGAUGAGCGGCAGCAGCAGGACUCUGAAACGGACGCUUUUCCCAUCGACCCGAACGAGCUGCACCCCUCCUCCUCCUCCUCCUCCUCUCCUCUCCUCCAGCUCUCUUACUGCCCGCUCCUCCCUCUCUCCCGCCCACCCAUCUUUCACUUUCUAACCCCUUCUGCUCCUUCUCUUCCUCAAUCCUCCUCCUCCUCUUCCUUCUCUUCUCUCCUGUCCUCUCGGCUGUGGAUGCCCUCCUCACUUACAUUAUGGACUCGGGAGGGGAAGGAGAAGAGGGCUGGAUGGAGGACCAGUGGGAGAAAUGGUUGACCCAUGACAUCAGCCUGGAUGAGUUUGAAGAUGACGACCUGUCCGAGAUUACGGAGAUCACAGACGAGUGCGGGAUGAGCCUCAACUGCAACGGCCCCGAUCUAAAGGGCCAUGUGAGGCGAGGAACCAAUAGCAUGUCGGGGAGGGCGGAACUUGGUGCUGUUGGCCAGCUCCAGGCGGAGAUGUUGCACUUGGAACUCAUCGACGGUGCUGACGGAUACCGCGGUGAGAAGGAGUCCUUGAAGGCGUCUGCCAUCACACCCCAGCCGCUCACCAAGGACCAGGCAGCACCUGUUACCAUGGAUACCUACCGGCCCAAGAGACCCACAACCCUUAACCUCAUCUCGAUCGUGCCGCGUACACAGGACACAUUGAACAAUAACUCCUUUGGGAAGAAAUACAGUUGGCAGGAGAAGGUUUCGGGGUCGUCCUCUCCUCUUAAAACAGGUGAGCUCACGCCUCCUCGUGAGCACAGCUGUCUGAGCGACGAGGACAAGGUGCAGGGUGGGGGAGCGCAGACCAAAGACAGGGGGACCUCCACCGACGCCCCCUGCAGGCACAGCCACACAUCUGGACACUCGCACGGAUCCUCCACAGCGGCUGCUACGCGCUCAAAGGUCUCCGAGAAGCCCCCCGCUCCACCUCCACCGCAGAACUAUACGCCAGCUCCUCUUUACCCAGCGGGGAAGGCGGAUGGAGGUGGAAACCACCGCGAGAGGAUCCGCUACCACACGGACGUUCAUUUAGAGCCCACAGAGGAGAUCUAUCUGACUCCUGUGCAGCGCUCUGCCGACCCCCUUGAACCCUCCAACUCACAGGACCGACCUUUCCUCUCACAGCAGACCGAGCAGGGACGCAUGUCCAUCAGCUCCGACACAGAGGGCCCGCCUCCUUACCAGCCCCUCCCAGACCGGACAAACCCCUCCAUCUUUGAGGAGGACGAGGUCUACGUCCCCCCGCCUUCCUAUGCUUCCUGUGUAGAGUCCCUCAUCACGCCGCCCAGCAUGGCUCGCUCCUCCCUCGCACUGGACCUCAGCCUGAAGGGUGCGGGAACAGGGGCCGGGGUCAUGCUAAGAGGCGGGUCAUCAGUGGAGUAUGUGGAUGCUACAGAUGACAGCUACUGCGGGGAGGAGGACGAGGAUGUGGACAGGAUAAUAAUGGAUGUAAAGAUGAGGAAGGGUGGAGGAAAGGGGGAUGGCGUCGGAGGCAGAGGCGCCCCUCCGAGGACUUCUAUGAGCUCGGAGGCCAGCGGGCUCUCCUAUGACUCAGUCAAAUACACACUGGUGGUGGACGAGCACGCUCAGUUGGAACUGGUCAGCCUCCGGCAGUGUUACCAAGGCUACAGUGACGACAGUGACUCGGCUACCGUUUAUGACAACUGCGUCUCGUCUCCCUACGAGUCGGCCAUCGGGGAGGAGUACGAGGAGGAGGGGGAGGAGGAGGAGGAGGAGGAGGAAGAGGACGAGGAGGAUGAGGAGGAGGACAGCUCUCGGAUAGGAGGAGUGAGGAGAGAGGCCACAGCGUGUCUGUCAGAGGACUCGACUCCAGAGGUGGACCUGCACUUCUCCAAGAAGUUCCUCAACGUGUUCAUGAACGGGCGUUCUCGCUCUUCCAGUGCAGAGUCCUUCGGCUUGUACUCGUGUGUCAUAAACGGAGAGGAGAGGGAUCAGAGCCACAGAGCUGUGUACAGGUUCGUCCCUCGACAUGACGAUGAGCUGGAGCUGGAGGUGGAUGAUCCGCUGCUGGUGGAGGUGCAGUCAGAGGAUUACUGGUACGAGGGCUACAACAUGCGGACCGGCGCCCGCGGCAUCUUCCCGGCUUACUACGCGAUAGAGGUGGCCAAAGACUCCGACAGCGAAAAAGAAGUGAAAAGCAGCGAGUGGAUGGACAGAUACAGGCUGAAGUUCCUGGGCUCAGUUCAAGUGCCCUUCCACAAAGGAAACGAUGUUCUGUGUGCAGCUAUGCAGAAGAUUGCCACCAACAGAAGAAUGACGGUGAAGUACAACCCGCCUUCCUCCUGCAUCCUUGAGAUCAGCGUGAAAGGCAUCAAGCUCGCAGUUCAGGAGGAUUAUUACGCCUGUGACAGAAGCAACGAGUGCAAUCACUUCUUCCAGCUAAAGAACGUCUCUUUCUGCGGAUAUCACCCCAAAAACAGCAAAUAUUUUGGUUUCAUUACAAAGCAUCCAGCAGACCAGAGAUUUGCCUGCCAUGUGUUUGUGUCUGAAGACUCCACCAAACCUUUAGCAGAGUCAGUAGGGAAAGCGUUCCAGAUUUACUACAAAGAGUUUGUGGAGUUCUCGUGCCCCACAGAGGACAUCUACCUGGAAUAACCCCGCCCUGCCUUCAACCACAGCCCUGUACAGUACACUGUAUCAUAACAUAAUUCUGCAUGAAGGACAGAUAUAUCUACAGAUUCAAUUAAAAAAAAAAAAGACAAACUGAAAAAAUUAACACUUCUGACAAACAAGAAAGCAAAGGACGAUAAAGUACUGGAACUGUGGUCUGCUCAGAAAGAAGAGAGAGAGAGAGAGAGAGAGAGAGAAAAAAUGAGCCAAAGGAGGAGCGUUGUGAGGAAAGAAAUUAUGCAAAAAUGGAGUCAGUGAUGAAGUGGUCCAAGGCUGCCUAUGGAAAGCACAAACAUUGUAUCACCACAGCCUCGACAGCGCAAGCGAGCGAGUUAGCCUGUAGCAUCGUCUCAGAGAAUGAAAGACUGAAAGCCCAGGAGCCGUACCGGACCGAACCAGCCUGUACCUACACUUUAUUAAAAGACAAAACAGCAGCUGAGAUGUGAAAAAAUAACAACAUCAUUAGUGUUCGUUGACCUUUUAAUAUCAAAGGUCAACGCACAAGGGAGGUGUAUAUUUACUAAACAACAUCCUCACACUGAAAAUGUACACUUAGUAAAACAGAUCCAUGUAGGAACAGUGGAUUGUAUCCUAAUAGCACACCUGAUAUGAAGGUGAGAUUCUCAUUCUCAGUGGAAACAAUAACACCCUAAAACACUCCAGCUGCAAGUGAUGCUUUUUGCAUUUUGGGGUCUCUUGUUGUAAAAUCUUAACAAUUUCAUCAGAUACAGCAAAAAAUAUUGAAUAUUUGAGGACAAUUUUACAGGAAACAUCAGGUGUCGGUGUCCUUAAGGCUCCAAACACAUGAUCUGUGGUACGAGUUGUGCUCACUGCAAGCUGCUGCUCAAAGUAUUAUACAAAGAAACAGGUGCAGCAUAGGUUUGUGGCAAUAUUAAUGCAAACAAAAAGUUCCAAACAGGAGCUUUCAAGUAUAAACUUUUUGUUGAAUUGUAAAAAGAAAAUGUCAAUACUUUUUGGAAAAUUGCUGAAUUAAUCAGCUCUGUCUAUGAUAAACUACAUAACUGGUGUAUGAAACCUUGAGACAGGCAGACGUGUGGCAAAGUGUGACUUGGUAGGUUGUGCAAAAUUUCGAAAUCAGCAAAAGCGAACAGAUAGAAAGCAGCUCUGAAACUGAUCAUAUGUCGACGUCUUCAGAAUAAUAGACCCACCAACCUUUCCACAGUCAGACAGGAAAGACUUUAAAGAUAGAGACAAGUAACAUCUUGUUCCUGAAAUGCAUUCAGCAUCACUUUGUGCUCAACAAAAACCAAACGUUGUGACGCUGAAUUGAGAGAACUGAGUGUGGAUUUCUCCUUUUAGAACUUUCUGCAGCUUCUUUUGGUACAGUAGUGCUACGCUAUACCGCCCCAUCACAGUAAAGCCUUAGUUCCCUAAUUCUGAGACACACUACGCUUAUUCACCGUGUCUAAGUGAAGAAGAUGUUGAAUAUUUAGAGAGAGAAAAAAAAACAUCUCUUUGGCUCUUAAAAGGUAAAAGAAGAUGCCUGAAAUGCAAAGUCUACGCCAUGGUGGUGUUCUAGAAACGUGCUCCUCUUGCUUUCCACAUUGCGAAACAUCAGAUGCUCUCAGCGGGGCAGAAAGAAGACGAUAAGGCAGAUGUUUUUGUUGCAGUAGGUACAGCACAGGGAGCAAAAAGCAAAACUCUGGUGUCUUCAUAUCUUCACUAGUAGUGCCUCUUCUUCAUCACAUCAUCGUGACCUUCCUCAGUCGCCAUCAUCACAACAUUGAGAGGAGCUGCCAUUGAGUGUGUGUUGAGUUUUACGAGUUUGAAUGCUAAUAGGGAUGUAGGAGUAUGUUUGGUGUGACCUGUGCUCUUUCCACCACAAGAAGAAAAUGCUGUUCCGUACCUGUGGUGCACAUUCAUAUUCGUAUUGAUGUGCCUGUGAAGCUGUGCAAAUGUGGACUCUCAGUAGGAAGCUUAAUCAAACAAAGACGGAAAGAUAAAAGGAAAUAAUGUUCCACUUCCUCCGAGAUGAUUACAUGGCUCAUCGCUGCCCCCCCAUGGAGAUAAUGCACAUUUUCUGUAAAUAGACUUUGAGAGUGUACGCAUUCACCCUGCAGGAAGUAUUAGAAAUAAUUUCCAGAUUACUUUAGUGAACAGCCAAAAAAUAUACUGCACAUUGGUCUACACGUACAUGUCCUAUAAAAGAGGAUAAACUAAAGUUGAAAUAUUUUGCUAAUGGCUUUAACUGUGACAGAUUUUAGAGGCUGUUGCAGCACCCGCUUCUCUUCUACUGACUGUGUGCUUUUCAAAAUGCAUCAAUGCUGGAUCCUUUAUCACGUAAUUAGAGAUGGGACCGAUCUGAUUUAAUAUCUGGUCAGAUAGUGACGUAAUUUACAUGUCAUAUAUCGGACUGACGGAGCCGAUCCACGUCACAGAUUAAGAAAGAUCUUGCUUUAAAGAAUAAUAAAAAGUCAAAUUCUUACACUUCAGUUUAAAAUGUUUAAUUUGAAAGCCUUACAGUUGUUGCUGCCUCCUGUUUGAAUGUGAAGCCAGCAAGAUGUUCAAAUACAUUUAUUUGGAAAAAUUCUAAUCUUUACGCAUUAAUAAAAAAAUGCAAUGUGUAGCCUCAAACAUAAUACCAACAAUAUGAAUAACUAUAUUAAUAAUGAUUUAAAAGGAAUAUCGGAAUUAGUAUUGGUGCACAUUGGUUGCACCACCUCAACUACAACCGUCAUCUUAGUCAGAUGCUUUUUUAGAGCAAGGAUGCAAUCAACAGAAACAGGAAACCAAAGUUCUGCCACAUGUUUGAAUCAUCCUGGGUGCAGCACAGGUACAGAACAUGCUUAUGCUUUCCACAGUGGAAAACAAGCAAGAAGUGAGCUUCCCUCAUCUUUUGCCCCCAACCCACACACACACACACACACACACACACACACACACACACACACACACACUAAUUUCUAACACAUUUUUUAUGUGCUCUAUAUUUAACAGAAGAAAAAUGUCUGAAAAAGAGAAAAUGAUCAAUGAAGAGUUUGUAAAUUGUCAUUCAGCCAUGUCACCACUCCCCAUAGUUUGCUCCUUUCAGUAUAAGAAUCAUGAACAUACGAACCAGUUGUCUGCUGUUGCUGAUCGAAGCCAUCGUGUUUUCAUCAAGAGAAAGACCCAACUUUUUUCUAUGAGUUCCCCCCUCAGAAGGCCAAUCGCCACACAGGACACAAUGUAAAGAAGUGGGAACUAUACAAAGGGUGUAUAGAAAUGCCAUAUAUAAAUAAAUAAUUUAAUAUCUGUAAUUAUAAAUAUGACAUUGUAUUGAUUCGACAUGUAGUAUGUGACAUUUCUCUUUUAUUUUGGAAUUUUUUUAGGUGUGAAUUUUUCUUUAUUUAAAAACUUUAAUGCAGA